AUGAGGAGUACAUUGAAAGAGGCGAUUGUGGAAACGCGCAGUACGCCUCUCGAAAAUCGACCGCGACUUCCCCGCAAAGCCCUAAGCAAGCGGAAUCGGGCUGUCGUGGGGGCUCUGAACCCAAUGCUGGUGACCUAUUUGGAAGCCAGCUGGGACCUUUGCGAGACGGACUCAAUUCUUUUUGGCGCCGCGCUGGCAGUCUGCCGUACUAUAGCCAAAGUAGCGCUAUCCCAACAUGGAGAAGAAGAAUUGAGGAACGUAUCGCAAAGACUAGAGCUCUCAUCGGCAGACUGA